GAAUACCAAAGCCAGACUUGGUUCCAUUGAUCUACACGAAGCGCUUAAUUUUGAUAAAUCCACCAAGUCUGACUUUAUCAGUUUCAGCACCGGACAGCUCCCUUCACCGCUCCACCAAACGCUGCUCCGUGAUUGACAGAGGAGGCGGCCAUACGCGGAUCAAUGGCGCUUCUGGAGCCCUAUGAAAUGAUGAAGAAGACGGGCUCUAAGAGCGCACGGCUCCUGGUGUGUCUCUUCGUGGCUUUUAUAGGCUUACUUAAUGCUUGUUGUGGUCGGAAGAGGGCGGAGUGCGUUUGUCAUCCAAGUGAGAAGCACCCUGACUCGGUGCCUCCUUAAAAAAAUAUAUAAAUAUAAUGAUAACCUGCCCCCUUACCCCUCCCUUCCUCCUCCGUUUGAUUCAGUCUAUGUAGCCUACGCGCAGAAGGAGAACGUCCGCCGCACAGCAAAGCCAACAGUCUUGUCUACAGUGAGAGAGAGAGAGAGAGAGAGAGAGAGAGAGAGGUGGGGGGAAACAGCUGCAAGCGGAUACUCAACAUCAACAAGCUGUAUGAGGCAUCUGUAAAGAAGAAGAGGGGAUUUGACGAGGACAGCAGCAAGGGGGUUCCUUACGUUUUUCUCCCUCCUUUGCGUUUUGAUUUCCAGAACAGAGGCGUGGAGCUUGCAAGAAUAUCCUACAAGUGGUGAAGCGAUGGUUUAGCAGAGCAAUUUGGUUGAUUUUUUUACAGCACGCCCGCCCGACGACACUGUAAUUCCGAGCAGCAAUCCCCCAAACAUCUGUGGACGCUUUUCUGGAGGGAGAUGGCUGUUUUCCGGCUGUCGCUGCUGCUGCAAGUGGGAUUUGUGAUCGGAUCAAACCACAAAUACGCGGAAUGGUCCGCGCACGGGGAAGAUAUCAGAGCACGGGAGGCGAUUUACGGCGCUCAGACGCACCGUCGGCAGCUGGCGCAUCUCCGUGCGCCUCAUCACCCUCCCGGGGAGACGGCGGAGCUGGCGCAGAAAAUAGAGGAGCAUCUCCCCAGGGUGGUCACGGCUUUUCUACACACGGGGGACUCGACCACCUUAAAGCAAGCCAACUGCUCGCGGAGGUACGAGCUCACCUCUCUGCGGGGAAGGUCACACGCCGCCUCCAUGAGCAGCGUGCUGGAUACGGUGCUGCACGCCACAAACUUCCUCAACAUGAUCUUGCAAGCCAACAGGUCCAGGGAGCAGAGUCUCCGGCGAGACAUUGAGUGGUACCAUGCCUUAGUCAGGAGUAUACUGGAGGGAGACGCAAAGAUUCACCGGGCGGUCGUCACUUUUAGCGCGGAUUCGUCCGUGGCGGGGCCCUCGGUGCUUCUCCAAGCCACCAGAGCUGGUGGGGAGAUAGUCCUCCAAGACCUCUCCAGCAUGGCCCACCACUAUCUGCACAACCGCACGACAGACACAGAGUGGUACCACGAAGUUAAAGACAGGAAGAAGCCCAGUUUCCAUAAGAGGGUGCUGAGCCAAGACUUUACAUCAGUUGACAAUUCUUUAAAAAGAGGAGAGAGUUUUAUCCCGGACAAGACACAUGUCAAAUGGUCUGCGCCCUACCUGGAGUGUGAAAACGGGAAUUUUGUUCCCAGGUGGCUUUUGACCUUAUCAGCUGCCUUCUAUGGCCUGAAGCCCAACCUGGCUCCUGAAUUCAGGGGCGUGGUGCGAGUGGACAUUAAUCUACAGGAUGUUGAUAUCGACCAGUGCUCCACUGACGGCUGGUUUGCUGGAACCCAUCGAUGCAACCUGACCACUAUGGAGUGUUUGCCCAUCCGUGGUCAUGGAUUUGUCUUGGACAAGUACAAGUGCCACUGCAAGAAAGGAUUCUACCACCCCAACAGAGUAGCUGUCAAUGGCUUCACAAGGAUGGGGAAAAAGGGAAAAGUUGCAGACAGCGGUCCCAACGCAGACGAGGGGUCUUCCAGCGACUGCCUGCCUUGCCAGCAGGGCUGCGCCUACUGUAAGGACGACACCCCCUGUGUAGCCCGAGAGGAUGGCGCCCUCCGCAUGGCUGUGCUCUCCUUCCAGUGCCUCUGCAUGCUGAUCGUCUUCAUCAGCAUGGUGCUCAUCUACCAUUUUCGCAGGAAUAAGAGUAUCAGAGCAUCAGGUCUAGUCCUGCUGGAGGCCAUCCUAUGUGGAGCUGUACUUCUCUACUUCCCGGUUGGGAUUCUUUAUUUCCAGCCGAGUGUUUUCCGAUGCAUCCUGCUGCGAUGGGUCCGGCUGCUGGGGUUCGCUACCGUCUAUGGGACACUGACUCUGAAGUUGUACAGGGUGCUGAAGGUGUUCCUAUCCCGGACAGCCCAGAGGAUCCCCUAUAUGACCAGCUGGCGAGUGCUGCGUCUGCUGGGCAUCAUCCUACUUAUCGUCUGCUGGUUCCUGGUGGCUUGGACAUCUGCCGUCUGUCAGAACCCGGACAGGAAGUCAGCUCUCAUUGAUGUGGGCUACACGCCCGACGGGCUUCAGUUCAGCAUGUGCCUGCUGGAUCGCUGGGACUACAUGAUGGCUGUCGCUGAGUUCCUCUUCCUGCUGUGGGCAGUGUACCUGUGUUACGCUGUGAGGACCGUGCCAUCGGCGUUCCACGAGCCUCGCUACAUGGCCAUCGCUGUUCACAACGAGCUUGUUCUGUCAGCGAUAUUUUAUGUCAUCAGGUUCACUCUUGCUGCUGAGCUCCAUCCAGACUGGAUGCUACUACUGUUCUUCACCCACACCCACUUAACCGUAACAGUUACCCUCGGCCUCCUACUCAUUCCCAAGUUCCUGUUUGCUGGCACCCACAUGAGAGAUGAUAUAGCCUCUGAGGCCUAUGAGGACGAGCUGGACAUGGGUCGAUCUGGGUCGUACCUAAACAGCAGCAUAACCUCUGCGUGGAGCGAACACAGCCUGGACCCAGAGGACAUUCGGGAGGAGCUGAAGAAACUCUACUCCCAGUUGGAGAUUUAUAAGAGAAAGAAGAUGCUGGCAAACAACCCUCAUCUCCAGAAGAAGCGGAGCUCCAAGAAAGGUCUGGGUCGCUCACUAAUGAGGCGCAUCACUGAAAUUCCCGAGUCUGUGCACCGGCAAUGCAGCCGUGAAGACAAGGAGGCCGGGGAACAUGGCAGCAAUCGUAACAGCAUUUGCACGUUGAAGAAGAACCCUUUUGACCUCCCUCACCAAGGAAAACCAGCAAAGGAGGAGUCGCUAAAGAACAAGGUUUUCUCCCUGAAGAAGUCCCACAGUAGCUAUGACCACGUACGUGACCAGAGCGAAGACUCCAACAGCUCAGCAACAGACAAAAUGGAGGUGACAACAGCUGAAGGCUCCCUUCUGGAUACACUUAUAGGCAAGAAGCUGGUCAAGAAGAAAUCUAGUGAGAAUAUAAAUGCCCCCAGUGAAUCUACAGAAUCAGUUCCUUUGGUCUGCAAGUCAGCCAGUGCCCAUAACCUCACUGCAGACAAGAAACCAAUUCAUCCCAGAGCCUCCAUGCUGCAGAAGUCGCUCAGUGUCAUUGCCAGUGCCAAAGAGAAGACUUUGGGCUUGACAGGAAAGACCCAGAGUGCGGAGGACAGCAAUAAGAAGAGUCAGCCAAAGAGCAAAGACACAAAGGCCAGUGCAGAGCCAGAGAAUGAUUGCCAACCUAAGAUGAUUAUUAGCCAGUCGGUUGAGUACAAGCAGAGUGCAGCAAAAGGUAGAAUCAUGAAACAGCCGGUGAGUGGCAGCCAGCCUACGAUCUGCUCUGACCCAGUCAUGGGUAAGGACCUCUAUGAUCUCUCAGAAGUGUGCCCUUGGGAAGUGGAGGAUCUCCCAACUCCAUCUGAAAACAAGGUCCAAAAGCACGUAUCUAUAGCACCAAAGGAAACCACAACAGUUCACGGAGGAAGCACCAAGCCAGGCAAAUCUCAGAAGCAGAAAACUUCUGAUCAAUCGCCAUCGAGUGGCAGAAAUUCAAAGGAGAUUCAGAGGACGACUGCUGUUCGAGCAGAGGUAUGUCCGUGGGAGGAUGGAGGUGAGAGUAAUGCUAGUCAAGUGGAAGGGCCAAAGCAACAAAUAUCCAGUCAGGCUAGCCAGGUUGCUAAAACCCAGCAGCCUCAUUCGGCAGUAGAAAGCUCCAAAACACAUCGGGCAGAUGUUUGUCCAUGGGACUUUGAAGAUGCUCAAAAGACAGAGUUAGCUUGCUCACCAGAUAUGGCAAAGCAGAGAAAAGGCACCUCUCCAGUGGAUGGGAAAGGGAGAAGUACCCUUUCAGAUUCAUCCAAAACUGGAGGGUCACUCCAACCACCAGCUUCAAAAGCUGAUGUAUGUCCUUGGGACUAUGACAGUACUGCAGUAUCUCCAAAUUCUGAGAGGACACCUAGUCCCUCUCGAGUUUCCAAAACCAAGGAAUCCCCUUCAAAAAAGAAGGGUACCCCCUCCACAAGAACACUUGAGAAAGAGAAAUCAAAAGACGCUGAUGAUGAGAAAAGUAGAACAAAAGCUAAGGACAAGAGUAAAUCUUCAGAGAAACAUGUGAGCCAACAAAAAAUGGCUGAGGUAUGCCCGUGGGAUGUAGAGAGUCAACAGGAGGUGCCGUUGGUAGAAAAAAGAAAAAGCGCAAAUGUUGGAGCAGCCAAAGCAAAACAGGCUGAAGUCUGUCCAUGGGAGUUUGAGGAUACAUCAGAUAAAAAAGCUACAGACAAAAGUGCUCCUGUGGUGAAACAGAGCAAUCCAAAUACUAAAGGUGGGGCUGUAAGUGCACCUAAAAAGGCAGAUGUUUGUCCCUGGGACUUUGAGGAUAGCACAUCAAGCAAGAAGGCAUGACACUAAACCUUAAUGGACCACUGAAAUUAUAGUUAUUGAUGUAUACUUUUUUUCACUUUGAAAUCGUUAAAUAUUACCUUUUACUGUUAGUACGGUGACUUGGAAAAAAAGUUGAUCAAAUUCCACAAGUUGCCUUUCUUUCCGAGGUUUUGUUCCUGUUUUACCUAUUUUGAAAAUAAGUAAAAUGUACAAAAAACAAAACAAAGUCAUGACAAGCAUUCCAGAUUAUUACAGGAAAAUCCUGAAGAUAAAUCUUAGACUAAUUAUGCAACUUUUGAUUCAGCCUUUUCACUUCUCAAGCAAUGUUGAAAAUCUGCAUUUAACAUCUUCUAUACUCAAGUCAGCAGUUACAUGGUUCUGUUAUUUUGUGCAUUAACAUCAUCACUUCUUGGACUAGGAUACGACAUAAUAGAGGUGUAGAGAAAAAAAAUGUUUCGUGUAAGAAAAAGAAGUAUGAAUUAAUGGUUAAAGUGCUAAACUAAACUACAGAAGUGAAAGCCAAAGAAUAAGGGAACAUUUGCAAAGAGGGAUGUUGGCGGUAAAGUUAAUUUAUUAGUUUGUGUCCAAACCUUGGCACAGAGGGAAGGACUCAGUGAGGAAAUCAAUCUAUAGCACUUUAGCCAACCCCAUUAAUUAAGAACCGAGGACAGACUCUGUUCUUCUUGUACAUUUCGUCUUAUUUUCAACCUCAUGGCAUGAUAUCACACAGGAUAUCACACACACCGACCAAAAUGAGACAUUUUUGUUUAGAUCUAUUUAAUUGUAGUUUCUCGGCAGAUUAAAAUGCUUCCAAGUCUGCUGAGAUGUACUGUAUGUGCCUAACUAACUAGCAUUGUCUUGUAUUAAUCUGAAGUAAAGCAAGUGGCUUCAUCUUCAGCAUUUUUGUGACGGUGAAUUAUAUUAACAGCAUGCACAGCCAGGUAUCGAGAGUAGUUGGACCCUACUUGUUUGUCAACUGAGGCAAUUAAUGUGUUGACAACUAUAUAAUGUUGUUUUAGUUUACUUUUUUGAAUAUCAGAGGCACUCACUUUUCUGCUUUCAUAUUUCCAGAAGCUCAUUCAGGGUGGUAAAGAUUAUAUGAAAGCAGCAUUAACAUGAAUGUGUGUCAAAGUGACUCAUGUGUACACUGUAAAAAGUAGAGACAGAGAAAUUCUGAGGAGAUAACAUAAUUUGCACCAGCUUUGUUCAUGAAUCCAGCGUGAGUCUUUGUGUUGGCUUGCACCAAGUGUGUAUGUGUGCGCGCGUGUGUGUGUGUGGACACAAAAUCAUGAAUUUAAAGUUAAAAUUUAAUCCAGUAUCUUCAGAGUCACGUCCAUCAAGUCCUGGCAACACUUUUUGUCCUUACAUUGCCUCUGUCUCAAACACCAAAAGUAGAAGAUGAGCAUGCCACCCAUUUCAGUUUACAAACAGCUGACAGAAAUUGCUGCUUAAAGAAUAAUUCUGGUUUAUUAUAACUUGGGUCUUUUUUUCGUUUCCUCCUUUUAAGCUUUAACCAUAGUUUCUAUCAGUAAAAUUAACAUUGUACUCAUCAAGUUAAGUGCUGAGACCUGAUUUAAGAGUUCUGUAACUGACUUACAGCAACAAUUGCAACUGUGUCAAUAUCAUCCAUGUUUUUGCCCAUUUUUGUGACCAUUAUUCUGUUGCCAUUUUCUGUGAAUGCUUGGCCGAUUUUCCAACCAAACGAGACAGCCGUCAUCGACCACAGCACCAGAGUUAUCUGCAAACAAAUGCUGUAAAAUGUUAUUACAAUAUUAUCAUAACUGAUAGAAACAAUAGUCAUAGCUAUGAAAGUAAAACCCAUGCUUAUUUAAAACCAGAAAAAUCCUUUGAUAUUUCAAAAUAUUGAAGGAUAGGUUUUAUUCUGCCAUCAGUUUUUUCUUUGCGUUUGUCUAUUGAAAGUCCACAAGUAGCAUAAUGCAUGUUCUUCCCUGUUUAGUGCAAAGUAGGCUAAAGCCCAACUGAUUAAUUAUGCUAAUAACCUUAUAGACUUAGCAAUGUGGUUAUCAAUUACUAAUUUGACUAAACCUUUUGAAGGUUUUGAUUUGUUCUGUGUUUUGUAUCAAAAUGUUUAAAUAUUCAUCAAGCACUAUCCAUCCUGGGAUUA